UGGUGCUGCUGCUGGAGUGCAACCCGGACGUCGGCCCGCUGCUGGACUGGGUGGUGGACCGCUGCUACACUGGCAGCCCCGGCGUGGCCGACUCGUGCUUCCUGGCCCUGGCCGCCGUCUUCAGCGCCAGGGAGUACCCGUGCGACCACUACACUGCCGUCAUCAACGUGACGCUGAUGAACACGGGCUGCCCGCGCACGCUGGUGCACGAGACGGCGCUGCAGCUGCUGCAGGUGCUGGACAAGCGCUUCUUCGGCUCCGUGGGGCCGCUGGCCACCGACGGAGAGACAGGGCAAGGCAAGGGCACGCUGGACCUGCUGCUGUCCACCACGUACUGCCGCUCCCAGCUCUACCUCUCGCGCCAGCUCGCCCAGCUGCACCCCGAGCUCACCAUGCCCAUGUUCUCAGAAAUCACGCACCGCUUCCAGACGGCGCGGCCCGAGGUGCGCCAACUGCUGCUGCAGUACCUGCUGCCCUGGCUGCACAACAUGGAGCUGGUGGACCCCAGCGUGCCGCCCGCCAACCCGCUGUCGUACUUCCAGUACUACGCCUCGGAGCUGAACCGCGCGGGCGGCAGGCGCGAGGGCUGGGGCUCGGCGGAGGCCACGGAGAUGGUGCUCAACAACUUGUUCUACAUCACCACCAAGUUCUCCGACUCGCACCCCAAGGAGAUGGAGGAGGUGUGGGCCACGCUGUGCUCGUGCUGGCCCAACAACCUCAAGGUCAUCAUCCGCUACCUGCUCAUCAUCUCGGGCAUGGCGCCCAACGAGCUGCUGCCCUUCGCCAAGCGGGUGGCGCUGUGCCUGGCGCGCGCGCGCCCCGACCGCCUCAUGGACGAGAUGACGACGGAGCUGCAGACGGUGGAGACGCUGUCGUGGCUCAUCGAGCGCACGGAGACGCCCCCCUUCUUCCGCCUCACCUCGGUGCGCAAGGCGUCCUCGCACUCGGCCGAGCAGCCCUCCGGACAGCCGGGCGACCCGCCGUCCGUGCCGCCCGCCCACGAGAAGGGCACCAUCCACACCAAGCGCCACAGCGGCGAGGACCCCGCCAAGGCCUGCACCGGCACCACCAAGUCGGACUCCGCUCUGCGGCCGCGGCCGGAGAAGGGCCGGACCGCGUCGGGCCCCGCGACCCUGCCCGACGACAUGGCGGCACCGUCCGCGGAGCAAGAGGCGGUGCAGACGGAGGAGGCGUUGGCCUUCUCGCUCUCCAGGAACGUGAACGCGAACGCGCAGAGCCAGGCCGGCCAGGCCCCCAACAAGUUCGACAUCCCGCAGCCGCACCCGCUCCCCAUGCCCGAGUACGGCGGCUACUUCGCGCCGCUCACCGAGUACCUGCCCGACUGCACGCAGCCCAGCAGCGGCUUCCACCGGUGCAACCUGGCGGUGAUGCUGCUGACGGACGUGGUGGUCGACGGCGUGGAGGUGGACUGGUCCGUGCACGUGCCCCUCAUGCUGCACAUGCUGUUCCUGGGGCUGGACCACUCGCGCGCGCUCGUGCACGAGCACUGCAAGCAGCUGCUGCUCAACCUGCUGGUGGUGCUGUCGGACCACUGCGACCACCUCACUGUGGCGCGCACCCUGCUGGCCGCCAAGACGCAGCAGCUGGCGCUGGGCGUGCCCAAGCCACAGUUACCGGUGCACCAGCACAACUUCACGGAGCCUGAUUCGGAGUUUGACAGCUACAUGCAGGGCCCCAGUGUUGUCGCAACAACUUCGGGGGUUGUCCUUGGAAAUGCCAGCUAUACCACCACCACCUCUAACAGCUCAGAUAUCACAAAAACUGUUUCAAUUGUGGGACCAAUUUCGUCAGUGAGCACAGUUAGUACUGUUGUUCCUGUAAGUUCUGUUGGCCCAGUGAUUGUCAUUGCUGAGGACAGUUCAGCUUGGACUAGCCCCAAGCCCCUACCAGGACCAAACAUGCCUGUUCAAGAUGUUAUAAAAUCUUUAGUAGAUUUCCUUGCAUCAAGGCAAAACCAACCUCUAUGGAAUUAUGAAGACAUAACAGCAAAAGUGUGGUCUGUUCACUCUGUUGAACAGUUAGAUAUUUUCCUACAACAUGUUCUCAAAAUUUUUAGAGAUUCUUUGCCUCAAGCUCUUAUUAGUGAACGUUGGGCACAAACAGCAUUGCAGCUUGGGUUGUCCUGCUCCUCGCGGCAUUAUGCUGGAAGAUCUCUUCAGCUGUUCAGGGCAUUGAGGGUGCCUAUAAAUUCAAGAAUGCUCUCAGAUAUUCUGUCACGACUUGUGGAGACUGUUGCUGAGCAGGGAGAAGAUAUGCAGGGCUAUGUCACAGAAUUGCUGUUGACGUUGGAGGCAGCAGUUGAUUCACUCGAGUCUGACUUCCGGCCUCUUGAUUUUAUGAAAGAGAUUUUCAAGUCCACCCCAAAUUUAAACAACAAGGAGACCUCUGUAGUGACUGCAGGAGGGAAACGAAGCCCAGGUGGAGGUGUAACAGGACUAUAUGGCAAUGGAAACAAUCCACUCACCUCCAACCUAGGAAGCAGUGGUCACACUCGCAGUACAAGUUACUCAGUUUCAUAUAACAUGCGUAAAUCCAUGCAGUCUCCUGCCAAUGAUAACAAAGAAAUGCGUGGGAGAGUAAUGUCGGAGCUUGAGUCAAGAUCAGCAGUUAGUGCUGGCUUAGGAAGCAAGUACCACUCAACCAACCUUUGCCGAUCUCGGUCAGCUCAAUCACUAAAACUAUUGGGUGACAGUGCAUCUCAGGAUGAUAAGCUGACUAUUCUGGCCCAGCUCUUUUGGCUAGCAGUUUCUCUUUUAGAAUCUGAUUUUGAACACGAGUUUCUUUUGGCUCUGAGAUUGCUGAGUCGUGUGCUCCACCGGUUGCCUCUUGAUCGCCCAGAUGCACGAGAUAAAGUAGAAAAGUUACAGGCCCAAUUGAGAUGGAAUAAUUUCCCAGGAGUACAUGCUUUACUCCUGAAGGGAUGUACAAACCAUAACACCUAUGAUUGUGUGAUGAGUCUUUUACCACAAUUCACUUUGUUGUUGGAUUUACCUUUCGUAGACCCUACUCAAAGUCUAGCAUUCCCCAUGAAUGUUAUAGCAUUGUUACCAUACCUUUUGUUGCACUAUGAAGAUGCAAAUGAGCUCUGUAUCAUGAGCGCUGAAAAUAUUGCUCAGGCCUCCACAGACAAGAGCAAGAAAUUGGAAAAUCUAGCAACUGUGAUGACAUUGUAUAGCCGCCGCACAUUUAGCAAGGAAAGUUUUCAGUGGACGAAAUGUGUUGUCAAAUAUUUAUAUGACACUUAUGCUCACUUGGGCCUGAAUAUGCUUGCUUUCCUUGUUGAGGUCCUGGAAAAAGGCCCUUCGAUUGUUCAGCUAUCGGUACUGAGCAUCAUACAUUGUAUGCUUCACUAUGUAGACUUGGCUGCAGCUGCUGCUCAGCCCAUCAAUGGUGAUUUGCUAAGAGUUAUUCACAAAUAUAUUGAGGGGGCACACUGGAAAGAAGCUCUAAAAAUUUUGAAGUUAGUUGUUACUCGCUCAUCUACUCUUGUUGCACCACCAACUGCGACCCAUUCAUCACAUUGGGAAUCAAGUAUGUCAUCACCUCAUCCCUCAUUCUCAGAUAGUGAGCUGUUCACCAAAAAGGAAUUGCCAGGUCGAACUAUGGAGUUUACAUUUGAUCUUUCCCAAACUCCUCUCAUUGGUCGUCGUCAUGUCAGCAAGUCAGAGGAGAAGGACAACACUGCUUCUUCCAACUCCACUACCUCAUCAACUGCAGCAUCAAGCGCAACUCCAGGCACCGCAGGAGGUACACCCAGCACGGCAAACAAGUCUGCUGCAUCAUCUGCUGCAACUGUUGCUCUGAGUGCUUUGCCUGGUCCAGUGCAAUCGAGCAGCUCUACUCCAGGCAACACGGCUCUCUCACCAAGACGCUCUGUGUCACUGUCUCCUGCUGACAGCACAAACAUAGCUGGUUGGAAGAGACCCUGGAUGUCUCAGGGCCGUGUCAGAGAGUGUUUAGUCAACCUAUUGACAACUUGUGGGCAAAGAGUUGGUCUGCCUAAAAGUCCAUCCGUCAUAUUCAGUCAGAGUUCUGAUUUGAUGGAGAGGCAGUCAAGUAUGGCAUCAUCCACCGAAGAGAUGUCUGGACCAAAUAAUGAUCUCUCUGGAGGAUCCCGGAGAGAUGAUGGGGCAGGAACAGAGCAGUUCGGAGUGUUUAAAGACUUUGACUUCCUUGAAUAUGAAAGUGAAAGUGUGGAGGGUGAAAGCACUGAUAAUUUCAACUGGGGAGUGCGCCGUAGGCCUCUCAGUGAAGGGGAAACUGAAGGAGAGACCAGUUUACGCCAGAUGGAAGAAAGUCUCAGCGAGAAGACACCUGUUCUCAGUAAACGGAAUAGGCGAAAUGUGCUGGAGGAGUCAUCUGAUGAUGAAGUGGGCUCAGAAUCUCCUUUGGAUGAAGUGGCCUUGGCCCCAGAAAUUAGCAGCAGUUCAGCUAGUGGAAGUGUUGUCCUGUUUCCCCCAUCCUCACUUAGCCUACAACACAGGAGACGUUCUGAUAACCGAUCUGAUACCAGUGGUUCAAGUGCUGGAGAUCUAGGCGAUGUGACACCAUGCAAUGCUUCACCAAACCUCUCAGCAUUAAUGACAUUUCGCCCCAUCCUGCGCGACGAUACAGAAGAGGCGUGGAGGAGGCACAUUCAAAGCCUUCUCAGUAGAGUUCCCUCAUCUCCCUUAGAAUUGUUUUACCUGUUGCACCGUCUUGUUCGGGACGUCAGCAGCAAAGCUGUUGCACUGACUCAGGAAGCAUGUUUGUAUUUAGAGGGAGAUUCAGCCGGCACUGACCUUCGUUCUCAUUUACUGUCCUUAUGUGACCAGCUCGAUGGGCGUGUGAUUGCCCCUUUGGUUUGGUUUUGUCCCGAAAUUCUUGACAGUUCUCGCCUCACAGAAGCACUGCGAUUUGGAUCUUUAGAAGUCCAGGAACAUUUGGAGACAUUUUUAGAUCGGAAAGACCACCUGGCUGAGUGUGUGGAUGCAGUAAGAGCAAGUGCAAAGCUGGAGCUCUUAGGAGAAUCAGGGGGCACUUUAACUAGUAGUGGUGAGCUGGUGCUUGACCUGGGCAAGGCUCUCUACAAACUUCAUUUCCAACUUGUCAUGGUACUGGAGGCUGCAAACAGAAUGGUUGGAGCCCUUAGCAUAGCUGCAGAAACAAAUCAGCUUCAAGAUAUUUCAACUGAGGUCAUCCAAUUGAAAAGCGCUUUGGAAGAGAAUGUUGAAGGAGAGCAACACACUCCUACAGCAACUCCAUCAUUAACUCCAUCUGCCACUCCAACUCCUCCCCCAGAAGGUGGCAUGUCGUUAAUGGGAGGCAACCCAGAAAAUACUCUCAUGCAUUUACUUCAAGAGGCGAGGUGGCCUGCUGCCUUGCAUUGGGCCAAACAAAACCGUGGACUCUGGGGAAGUGAUGUUAUACCAGCUUGUUUGGAAGAAGAUGAUGUCAUUAGCAUACUUAUUCUUUACUGUAAACAUAUCUCUCAUGACAAAACCGAUCUGUAUGUCACAACUAGAACUGAACCAGAGCUGAGAAGUGCCUUGUCUGGUUUGUUAAACAGUCUUCUUCAAGUCCUUGAAGCUGUCAACAAUCUUGAAGCAGAUGUUAAAAUACAAAGACAGCAACCUCCUCAAAGUAAUAAAAUGGACUGCUAAAUGCAGGCAGAAAGAGAUAGGAAACAGAUAGAUAGCAAGGGAUGGAUCUGAUUGGGAAAAGUGAUAUCUUUAUUUAAUCAUUAUUGUGAUUUCUUACUUUGUGAUUUGAAAUAGUUGCAUAGGGUAUUAUUAUUGUUGGUGUUGUAAUUUUGGAGACCUAUAGUCUUCUGGCUGCAAUCAUUUUUCACUUCUGGCAUCUCAUUUGCUUUUUUUUAGUCAGGAGUAAGUGACAAAUUCUGUAUUUUAUUGUUUGUACAUCCUGUUUUUAUUUUUAUUUACCACUCAGUGAUAUUUUUUUUAAUAGUUAGUGUUUAUGUGAGCAAUCUUAGAACUGCUGCAGCUCAGUUGUGAAUGUAUCCUUAUUAAUAAUGAUAAAUAGUAAGGUAGUCACAGUCCUUGUAAAAAUGUGAAAAGACCACAAUUCAUUUGUAGCUGUUUUCCAUUAUGCGCUUCAACUGAAUGUUAAUUUCUUCUACAUUAUCAUCGUUUUUAUUCUCUGUAAGUAUAAGAAGACUCAGAAAUCUUUUAGAAAGUCGCCUACGGUUCUUGCUUUCUUUUGCUGAGCUUGUUGGGGGAAAGUCUUGCACAUUGUUAUGUAUAGCUUGAGCUCAAAAUAAAUUCAGAUGUAUAUUUUUUAAUGAAUUCCUUUGUAAGUGCUCCUAUUGAUUGAAUGUUUUUAGAGAAAGAAGACUUUUUUCACAUAAGUCUUGUGCACAAAACAAAAUUAUCUAAUUAUCAAUUAUAGGAUGUUUUUUUUUUCUACAUUACUCAGUAAGGUGAUGAAUAUUCAAGGUGAGAUGCCUGAGUACCUGUUAAUAGGACUGAUGAUAACCAAAGACUUAUUUUAUUGGUUGAAGGAAAAUGGAACUGUCAUUUGUCAGUGUUUGGGAUGGCAAUAAGUAAUUUUCUGUGACACUCUUAUCAUGAAUCUUGUCGCAUAAAACUUACCAUUACUUAUCAAUAUCUUUUUAUGUAUAAAUGUUGUACCUCAUUAAUGGAUCAUAAAUAAAGCUUGCUCUUCAAAAUUCAA